AUAACACAAUACUAGAUGCCCCAAGCAGUGCGACCACCAGCAGAAACUCCUGUAUUACCAUAUUACCUUGAACUCCACUUGAAGCUUAACACAGGUGUCAACAGGCACAUUACCAAGAUGAUUCUACCAAUACUCAACGUGGAUAUUUCAUGGCUUGUGCAGAUCGUCGUAUUUUUGGGCUAUCUAGGGAUGCUUUACGCUCUAGUCUUGGAGUUACUUAACGAUAAACCAUUCCGACCAGUCAAAGGCAAAGCACAACCUUCCCCGAGAAGGCAAACGGCGCAGAGGCCAAGUAGGCAAAAGGAUGCCAAGCAAAGGAAGGAGAUGCAAGAGAGGGAAUCUCGCCUUAUCUAGCCUUGGGACCAAGUCAUUAAGUGUCAGUUCAUCAAAUAAAAAACUCUCUACCAUACAUCUAGAAUGCAAUACAAAGAUGUAGGAAUGUACAAGCUAUAAAUUAAACUGAAAUACAAUGCAAGUAGUUUCUGGACAUACAGUUUCAUGUUCGUGUCAAAGUCAACGGCAUGUUCAUCCAAUAAAGAAAUGCAAUUUAA